GGGUUGAGGGUGAGGGGAGGGGAGGGGAGGGGAGGGGCGGUGGCAGGUAGGUGUGUCGCUCAGUGAACAUCAGCGAUAUCAUAUGUCUUGCUAUGUCGUUGUCCGAAUCUUCUUCUUCGGUUGGGUGUCGUUGGUGGCUUUCCUGUGCGGCUGCCGUGUCCUGUCCGGGUCACGCGGGAAUGGACACGUGUCGGCUGGGGGGUUGUCAUCAGGGGCUGCGUUCUCUGACUCCCUCGGCGAAGCAAAUGUCGGGCGUCUCAGGAACUGGACACGUGUCGGUGCGCCGAGGGCGGGACCAGUCUUGUCGGGUUUGCACCCGCAUCCGGACCUGCCGCUGGCGCGCUCGCCGGUUUUCCUCGCCGGUUCAUGGGCAAUUGUACGAUCACAUGAUCCGUUGAUGGCGAAUACAGCAGUGCCACAUGGACAUUGCCAGUCGGACGUCCGCGACCUCGUUGUUUCCCGCAAUCAUCUGUACUACGUCCUCCAUCAAUGGUGCGCCUCUGCAGACGGUACCAUCACCGAUGACGCUAUGUCCGUCAGAAGCGCCUAUCCAUCCAAGACGAACCCUGGUUCGGACCCGACCAACGGUGACGAAUCCACAGUGAUAAGCUAUUGGUGGCCUUUCAACGAGCCGAACGGGACAAGAGUAGCAGAAGCUAGUAGGAAGUUCACCCGCUCUUCCAUGGCUUACGUAACGGGGGCCGCCAUGUCGAGGAGAGGCUCGCAUCUCGUCCUUAGCGUCAGUAGUGGGGAUGGGGGUUCCAUGAUCACAUCUUUGUCUCUUGCUGACGGUUCUCGAUCUUCUGUCCCGCUCAAUUUCUCGGUCGGCUCUUUAGCGAUGGACUACAGGAGGACGCGUGUCUAUCUCUCGGUCGUUGAAUCUGGCGAUGGCGUGCUCUCCGUCCCGGUGAGCGAGUUCGGCCUGCCUCUGGAGGAACCCAAGCACGUUGUUGACUCUCACUCGAAGCUGAAUGUGAACGCCACCGGUGUGCAAUUUCAGUAUGAGAGUCUGGUUUCCGACAGCAGCAGUAAUUGCCUCUGCCAUCUGACGAAACUGCCUCAGCGUGCAAGAUUCGGAGCGCAAGUGUUUGCGAUCGAUAAGCACGUGAAAUCGUCGCUUAGCACUCUCGCAGCUGACUUGAGCACCGGUCGGCAUCCCGAUGAACAGUCUUUUGUCGCGCGUUUCGCUUUCCCAGCUGCCAUAUUAGCGACAACUGCCGACGGGUGCCGCCUUUUCGCGACCGGAACGAGGGGUGCCGUUCUCGGUCUGACGCUGGGCUCAUCGUGUGCGGAUGCGGCGGUGGACAUGGAAAGAGUUCUGGAGUACAAACGGGCAGCCUUCACGGGAUUAGCUCUUCACGAGGACCACGACCAAGUACGCCUGUUCCUUGGCGCCAGUGACGGCAAUCUUUUUCAAGCACGAAUCGACACGGGUCGCUUGUGGAGUUGCCAGUCGAUGUCUCGAAGGUUCCUGGGAGGCUCUACAGACUCUACUACCACGACUAUCAUAGUCGUUUGUGUUUGCGCUUGGUUUAUCCUGUGGUUCGUAAUGUUUUUCCUGAGGAUAAUAUGUGUUGUCUGCGCAUGCAUAAUGGAAACCCAGUCAGAAGUCGAAUUGGUCCCACCCGCGGCGAACCGUGAUCUGGCCAAUCACCAAGGACCGGUAGCUUCUCGACCGACCGCUCGCGACAACUCGGGACCUGACAGGUCGUUACCUUCUCAGCCGACCGCUCGCGACAACGGCAAGUGGGGACUUGACACGUCGGUACCUUCUCGGCCGACCGCUCGCGACAGCUGGGGACUUGACACGUCGGUACCUUCUUCACCGACCGCUCAAGACAUCUGGGGUUUUGACAAGUCGGUACCUUCUCAACCGACCGCUCUCGACAACUGGGGACUCGACACGUCGCGCGUGAAGAGCUUUCCCCUGAAAGACCUGACGGAUUGCACUCACGUUUUCAACGAUGUCUAUAGGGUCGGGGCGGAGGGAGCGCUCGGAAAAGUAUACUGGGCCUUGCUUCACGGGGCGGAAGUGGCACUCAAGGUCAUGAUUGGCGAGCUGACGGACGCCAAGCGGAAGCAAUUCAUUGCAGAAGUGAACACUCUCAGCGGAGUCAAUCAUGCCAACCUCAUUUCCCUCGUCGGGUACUGUGUGGAGCGAGGGCAUUGUGUCUUGGUGUACCCAUUCUUUGGCGGGGGCAGCUUGCACGACAGGUUGUUCCCCAAGCCUCGGAGUGCGCUCCGGCCUCUAACCCUUCAGGAACGCAUGAGCAUCAUCUUUCAGGUUGCCAAGGGCCUCUGCUACCUCCACGAUGCGGCCAGACCGCCCAUCAUCCAUGGGGACAUCAAGAGCAACAACAUCCUUCUUGGUACUGGUUCGGGGGAGAGGCUCCACACCGUUGUGGCUGGCUUCGGUCUAGCGUCUAAAGGAGAGAGAGUGUUAGGGACUGCGCGCGACCAUGUUGUCCUGACCUCUCACAUCGGAGGAUCCUUUGGGUACAUUUCCCCAGAGUACAUGCAGAAAGGUGAGCUGUCGGACAAGAACGAUGUGUACUCCUUUGGGGUCCUCCUUCUGGAGGUGCUGACGGGUAAACAGGCCCUCGCACCAGCAGAUUCUGGGGCCGGAUGGCAGCUGCUCGUAGACUGGGUGAAGCCUUUCCUUCAAGAUAAAGAUGAUCAUGGGUCCGUCGUCCGAGACCAGGGUGUUGAGCUGCCCUACGCAAUUCUUGAGCCCUGUUUGAGGGAGCAAGCCGUGGAGGAUCCCAUAAAGCAGAUGGUGAUGGGCACUAUCGCAUUGGCCUGGCAAUGCGUGCAGUACGACUACAGGUCGAGGCCAGCCAUGAGGGAUAUCGUACAGUACAUUCACAAAUGGCUCGUGGUGGCAGGCUGGCACCGCUUGACGGCGAUGACAGAUGUGUCGUCGAGGCUUGUCGACUUGUCCAAACUUCCGGAAGGUGACGAUGGGGAGUUUCGGUGAGUCACGAACCAUGGUCUGCCUGUACUGAUGUCACACUCUUCUUCCUUUUCUGUUAACCAUCUAUUUAUAUCUGUAUCUCUAUCUAUCUAUCUAUCUAUCUAUCUAUCUAUCUAUACAUCCACGUGGGCGGCCUUGUACACAAGAGGUUCUGAACAGGGGGAGUUAGUAAUGUAUAUUUCCAUGUUCUAGCAGUAGAUUCUCUAUUUCUCUCAUCCUAUAGAUGGAAGUAGCAUGAGGCCAGCCGUCAGGGUAGAGACUUACGUGUUCUCUCUCUCUCUGUGUCUCUCUCUCACACACACACACACAAAAAAAAAAGUACAAAAAGUAUAAAUAAAUAAAUAAAUAAAAGAGGUGGCAUUGUAUAUUUUCACGUUCUGGCCAAAGAUUCAUUCCGACUUUGCUCAUCCUACAGGUAUACACACACAGACCUCCAUUGCCACUCCUGGCCAAAUGAGCAAAAUGGGAUUGAAUCUUCCCCUAGGACAUGGAAGUAUCCACUGCCACAACAUGGAAAUAUACAAUGCCAAAGAACCAAAAUGUGGCAUUGUAUAUUAGAGUGACCCGCUUCAUAUGUCUCGUUGAAUGUCUAAGGGUCUUGCCAAGCCACAACUCGGCCUCAAGCCGAAGGGGCAAAAGACCCCCCAGAAGUGGUGCCCCUUGUUGACUACAGUCAACUGCCUGAGGCCCAACAGUCAAAGUUAAUAGGGACCCAGCCCAGGCCGCCUGUCAGACGCACACACUUGUUAGUAUGCAGGUACCAAGACAGCAUUUGGACCAAGUCGAAGCCUGCAACUGUAUGCAAUCCAGGCCCUCGGCUGUGAGUCAAUCUGAGCCACCGUGAGUGGGAGACCUGCGUGGGAGACCUGAGGCAGGUCAACUCGGUCUAUCACUACAUAAGACCCUGCCUCCAGUGAGUCAACAUUCAGUCUUGCUAUGCUGACUUGAUGCUGGCUCGACGCUAGCUGGACGCUGGCUUGACGCUGGCUGAGCGCUGGCACUGUGGACUACGACAAAGGACUGAGGCAGCAUGCUGGUGCCUUCUUUGCUGAGCGCCAGCCGCUGCUGAUGUGGUGCAUGCCACUUGUCUUCAUUGCCGAUGCAUGUCACCUGUCUUCAUCGCUGAUGUGGCAUUGGUCACGCUGUCUACAUUGGGUGACUGGACGUGAAAAGGAGGGAGAUCGGGAUCUGUGGAUGAUUGAGGAGGAUCAGGAUUCUUACCUGAGGUUGACGUCCAUACUGUGCACUGCUGAUUGUCUCCAAUGUCUUCACGAGAGAACAGUGCCACGUGGCACUUCGAUGUGAUCAGGACCUGUCAGGCUUGUUACUGGAUACUGUUUUGCUGAUGUGGAGGUGAGGGGAAGCCCAGAGAAGGAGUGGGAAAUGGGGCUACUCUCUUGGUGGUCAUUGAUGGUUAUUAUCUCUUCCAUCCUCUAAUCUGUCUAUUGUCCCUCCACUCUCUUCGCCUACUCGUAACUAGACAUUGUAUCAGAAAUCACAUUCAUGAUUAUUGGAGACAUUGUUCAGAUCUGAGUUGUCUUGUAUUUCGACGUC